CCCCGCCCUCCGCCCUCUGAUUGGCUGAGCCCGCGGGAAUACGCGUCAUACCUCGACUUGAUUGGUCGGCUGGCCUGUCCGUCAGCGGCGGCAGGAGCAGAGCGGGCCUGCGCUCCAGGCCAGGGUCUAACCAGCCUGCAGAAUGCCAACAGAAGGAGAUCCUACUAGCCUGGUCAAAGCCACCCACCUGAUCAUACUGUCCACAACAUGGGGCAUGCAGAUAUGGAUGUCCUUUGUCUCAGGUUUUGUUCUGAUUAACACCAUCAGCAGGCACACAUUCGGCCUGGUGCAGAGCAGCCUGUUUCCCUACUAUCUCUACACAGUUCUGGGAGGAUCCUUCAUUAAUCUGUCUCUUUAUGCCCUCUAUCACCCGCAGCAGUUACUCAACAAGGCCGAAACUGUACAGAUCGCAUCACUGUUUGUGUGCGUGAUCUUCUCUGGUCUCAACGCCCAAUGGUUCGGGCAGACCACAGCUGAGGUUAUGGUCAAGAAGCAUAAGAUCGAGCGGGAGCACGGCCUCGGAGACGAGGUGGGGUUUGGCACCAACAUCGAGGGCUACAAGAAGCUGCUUAAGAGCGACGCCAAGUACAGGAGGCUCAGCUCAAGAUUUAAGAAGUACCACGCCAUCAGCAUGGUGUGCAACCUCAUCUGUGUGUUCUGCAAUGGGGUGAAUCUCCUCUACACUGCAGGCAACCUGAAGACUAUCUAAACACCUUCUUCCUUGCCAGUUUCUCCCUGGGGAUUGAAGGUCUCUCUGGGGAUCACAAUCUCUACUUAUCUCAACUUUGAUCCCAAUCUUCUAAAACUUACCAAACACCAGCCAUCGGGAGGGAAGAGCUGCAGUUCUGAAAGGUUUGUUUGUGUGAGGCAACACCCAACACACAGUGCAAAUCAAAGAGGUGCCAGUCCACUUAUCUGUUGUAAACGCCCUGUCUGGAUGCAUAGCUAACUCUUGUUCCUUCUGUGAGUCUACAGCACUAAAGCCUCUUGAUAUUGUAUUAAAUUGUCAGCCUGCUUUUGUGACAUGAA